AUGCUCCAAUCCAGAGUCAUCGGAAGAAGUAUUUCUCGUGCUGCAGUCCAGUUGGCCCGCCCUGCCAUAUCUGCCGUUGGUGUUCGUUUCAACCAAGUUUCGUCACAAUCAUCGGCGAUCAAAGAUGAAUCUUCCUCGUUAAACGCCAGUGUUGACGUUACUGGAAACAGAAGCAACAAAACUGAGAAUGACAGCGGAAAGAGAAGCGACACUCAAAAGAAAAAUGGACGCAAACAUAUUGCCAACAGGAAACUCAGAGACAUUUCUGCGCAGGUGAAGUCGUCUGUGGAUUCUGCGAACGUGGGCGAGAUUUCCGAAGCCAUCGAUAUCUUGGAGGAAGGCAUCAGCUACUUGAGAGAGAUCCAGGAAGUGGAAAGACUCCCAUCGGAAUUGUUGUACUCGGUGUUCCAGCCCAUAACGGCUACCUUGUUCGACAAAAUUACUGCGGAUGGAGCCAAUUUGGGAUCAAGAUCCGUCUCGGAUGUUUUGACCAUGUUGGUGGAGCAAGGUCUUGCCCACAAUUACCAUUUCAUGAGAACGGUAGAGCACGUUUUGAGAAACAGUGCCGGUGACGAAAGCUAUUCCAAAGUUUUGCAGAUCUGGCUCCAAUAUUUGCAGUAUUCGAAGGAAGUGGGCGUUGGACGCAUGAAUUAUAUGAUCCAACAACCAUAUCUCGUCUACAAAGAACGCAACUUCGAUUCCAGAGACUUGAAGAAUUUGGCGUUUUUCGCUUAUGUUAUGCACUGUUUGAAUGCCAAUGUGGAGUAUAAUGUGAAGGAUGCCAUGAAGAUCUUGCAAAUUCAAGAUAGCUCACGUGUUCUAGAAAGAUUCCAUGUUGUUUCUACCAUCAAACGCCUUGGAUUGCAAGAGCCAUUAAAGUCGGACUUGUCCACUUUUGAACGCAAAAUCAACGAGCUCAACACAAAAUCAAUGGAUCCUAAUGGUGCAUUGGUGACAAGGAGAAUCGAACAAGCAAUUCAACAAAACAACCCUAUCAUGUUGAACAAUUUAUAUGAACAGAUGAAGGCGUCCUCAGUAGCCAACGAUAUUCAAAUUUCUGAAGCUACUUUAAACAGAAUAAUGAACGCAUAUAUCGAGUUGCAUCUGUUUGGAGACGUCAUUGACAUUUUCAGAAGUUUCUUGCAAUCCUCUGCAAAACCAUCUGUGGCAACAUGGGACUUGGUUUUGAAGGCGUUGGGCCACCCAAGCAAUGUUAAUGGCAUGGAUGCAGCAGAGAAGAAGAAAAUGACGGAAAAUAUCGAAGCGACUAUCAAUUCUAUGAUCGCAUCAGGAAUUGCUAUGAAUGCUAGAACUUUGGCCAUUGUUGUUGGAUGUUUUGCCAAUUUGGGCAGAUUUGACUUGGUAGACAAGUAUUUGAAACAAUAUGAGUCUGUUCCAAUCGUGCAUUUGACCAGAAACAACAUUUUGGUAGGAUUGGUGUUGAACAAGGAUGUGGCUAAGGCCGAACAACAGUUGAAGGACUUUGCCAGAGAAGACCCCACCUAUCAGCCUUCUACCGGAGUCAUGAAUGCAUUCUUGUCACACUACGUAUCUGUUGGUAACAACGAAGCUGUCGAAGGUAUCAUCAAUUACAUGAGACAAAAUGGCAUUGAAGAAGAUGUGGGUACUACCACCACAUUCAUUAACUACUAUUUCAAAAUGUACAGAAACAAAGGAAAGGUUCCUGAUGUCGCUGGUUUGUUGAAGGAAUUGUCCAAUGCAUCUAUGCCAAUAAACCAAUUCACUGUGACUUCCAUUGUCGAUGGGUUGGCUAAAGAUGGCGUGAAUUUGGAAGCAGCUCGGUCUGUGUUCAAUUAUUUCAGCAAAGAAAACUCUAGAUUCAAAUACAAUACCGGUUUAUUAACCACCAUGAUCAAGGCAGAGUUGGAUUUCGGAUCUUUGCACAAUGCAGAAGAGUUGUUCGCCAUUUACAUCACAAACUUGAAGAAUGACACAAGAGCAUGGAACAUGAUGAUUGCUGCAUUGUUGGCCAAAAAGGAGAAGAUUGCACUUGAGUACUACGAAAAGCUUUUGCAACAACGUCCUUUCAAUGUCAAGCCAAACUACUUCACCUACUACUACAUGCUUGAUCAUUUUGUUAAAACUGGAAACGAAAAGAGAAUCCAAUGGACUCUUGAUGAGAUUGCAAAGGCUGACUUGCAGGAUAUGGGAAACGUGUUGCCUCGCAGAAUCCAUCUGUUGAGACACAAGUUUAACGUGUCGCCAGCAUUGAAGGAAAAGAUUUCCAAAAGACACAACAACUUGUAA